AUGGCGACGCUUACUAAUUCCAACACAAACACCAUCACGGCAGCCGAUCAUUCUCCUCGUCAUACAAUCGCUGCCGAUAACAUCAGCAACAGCAAUCAGGUGAGCAGUCCACAAUCGCGGCGGACAGCUGAUAAGCAGGUUUCUCCGCCAUGGACACGAAUCGUGCGUGGUGCUGAAUCGGAAUCUUCUACUAAUUCUUCAACGGCGGCGGAGCAAGUGGCUUCGGUCUUGGUAGCAGAGGAAGAGAGCGUGGAGAGUGAGAAUAAUGUGAGCAAGAGACUGGUGUGGAACAAGCCAUCUACGGCUGAUAAUGCUCCUGUGGAGAUUGGGAGUGUUAUGGGGGCUGAUUCUUGGCCUGCUUUAUCCGAGUCAGCUGCUAGGGUUUCUUCUUUGACCAAAUCAUCUUCGGAUUCUUUGAAAGGUUUAUUAUCUGAUGGAUCAUCAUCUUCUGUCCCUGUUACGCAGGGAACUGGAACUGCAUCCUUGUCUUCACAGAAACAAGUUACCAAUACUGCAAACCCUAAUUCAACUCCAAACCAUACAGUACCACGCCAGAGAUCAAUGAGGCGCAAUGGUGCUAACACAGCUUCUAAUGGUGGAACUUCUCAGUCACCAGGAUCACAGGGUGCGGCAGGGGAAGGACAUUUAAAUAACUCUUCUUCUGGGGACCAUGGACAAAGGAGUUCCCAAUCCCGUAGCUCUAAUGACCAUCCACUGCAGCAGCGCAAUUCAUUUAGGAACCGUAAUGGUGGGCCACAUUCUCGAGGAGAUGGUUCCCACCAUCACAAUUAUGGUGGCAGGCGAAAUGAUCAAGAUCGUGCAAAUCAAGAUUGGAAUUCUCAUCGAAAUUUUAAUAGCAGAGAUGGUGGGCACGUGCAGCCAUCACCAAGAGUUGCCCCAAGGCUUAUGAGGCAUCCACCACCGCCUCCACCACCUCCUGCUACUACUCCAUAUAUUGCACCCCCACCAGUGCGGCCUUUUGGCCACAUGGGGUUCCCUGAUAUGGGAUCGCCAUUGUAUUAUGUUGCUCCACAUCCAGAUUCUAUGAGAGGUGUGCCUAUUAUUGCGGCACCAAUACCACCUCAUACUGUUUUCUUUCCUUCAGAUCCCCAGUUGCAUAUUAAGAUAUUGCAUCAGAUAGAUUAUUAUUUCAGUAAUGAAAAUUUAUGUAAAGAUAUAUACUUACGGAAGAACAUGGACGAUCAAGGCUGGGUGUCUAUUAAAUUAAUAGCAAGCUUCAACAAAGUUUCGCUUUUGACUGACAAUAUCCAACUUAUACUGGAUGCCAUAAGAAACUCAAGUGUCGUUGAAGUACAGGGUCAGAAGGUAAGGAAGCGAAAUGAUUGGAUGCGGUGGAUCAUGACAACUCCCACUCAGUUUCCUAAUGUUUCCAGUCCUGAGUCUGGUGAGAAGUCCAGCCAUGACAUGCUGGCAGCCCAUGUCCAAGGCACCUCUCUGGAGGAGAUGGCUACUGUUCAUAGCAAUGUGAGGAGUCAAGCAGAUGUUCGUACUGAAGUUUUUCUUGGUAGAUCAUCGUCUGGGGAUUUGAAUAGCCAGUCACAGCUAUCUAGCAGCAAGGGAAUAGAUGAAAUCAGUUUUCAAGGAGGUUUGGAUCUCCCAAUUUCAGCAAGAAAUUCAAGCAAGUAA